AUGUCGACUACUGUAGGUGCGUUCAUUGCCGGCGGCAUCGCCGCGUGCGGUGCGGUCACCGCAACACAUCCUUUCGAGACGGUCAAGAUUCGGAUGCAAUUGCAAGGAGAACUACAAGACAAGGGACAUCAACCACAUCAUUACCGAGGACCUUUCCACGGCGUGUCGGUCAUCAUCCGGAACGAGGGAGUACGGGGCAUAUACCGUGGCCUGGGAACAGCAUACAUAUACCAGGUUCUACUCAAUGGUUGUCGUCUGGGGUUCUAUGAGCCAAUGCGCAAGACAUUGUCAAACUUGAUUUUCAAGGAUGAGAAAGUCCAGAGUCUGGGGAUCAAUAUGCUCUGCGGUGCCUCCUCCGGCAUUAUCGGUGCAGCUGCCGGAAGCCCCUUCUUCCUUGUCAAGACCAGGUUACAGAGCUACUCGCCAUUCCUACCUGUUGGAACGCAGCACAAGUACCGGAAUGCCUGGGACGGUUUGAGCCAGAUCUACAAGGGCGAGGGUCCCCGCGGCUUGUACCGCGGAGUCGGCGCGGCCAUGAUCCGGACGGGCUUCGGAAGCUCGGUGCAGUUGCCAACGUACUUCUUCGCCAAAAGACGCCUCGUGAAGCAUCUCGGCAUGGAGGAAGGCCCAGCGCUGCAUUUGACGAGUAGUGCAUGCAGUGGUUUCGUUGUCUGUGUCUUCAUGCACCCUCCUGGUAAGAAGAUCCACCCGCAAGCUAGUUUCUAA